AUGACCAUAAGCUCGUCUUCUGCCAUCUCCUCUAACGCGCCUUCAGAUACCCCUGACGAAACAACCGGUCCGCUGGCUCCUUUGUCUAAAGCCCACAUCACUUCUAUUCCCUCUCACAAGUUAGAGUCCGUGACUGCAGCCUCUAUUCCUACUACUACCAAGCCUGAGGUGCCUCCAAACGGGACCUUUAUUUCAGUUGUAAAGUCUUUUUCUUUGCCAGCCGAGACCGCAUCUUCUGCUUCUAUAGUCCAUGCACCUUGCCCCUCUUCUAAACCCUUAUCCUCCGACUCUUCACAACCAAAUGGCUCACCUAUAACCACCAGUCCCAGUACUUCUAAGUUAAAAGCCUCGUUCUUGAAACAAAGUGAUUUGCUUGACCCGGGACCCUUAAAACAACCCAUGGCUGAUGACAGUGUUUUGGAGAUAAGUGAUAAUGCCACCCUUCCCGGUGGCAAGGAACCAUCCGCACAAAAACAUGGUAAUCCAAUUCCGACUAUAACCAACAAUGACAAUGGCAAUAAUGACAAUGGCAAUAAUGACAAUUUGGAAGCUAAAUCCAUUGAUCAUUCUAUCAAUGAGUCUGAUCCUAGUGUUCCAUUAUCUUCAAAGCCUGAAAUAACGGAACCAUUGUCGACGUUGCUGCCUUCGCCUCCUCCCCCUCCUUCGAUAAUAGACUCGGCUGAUAGUUCCACCACCAAAGCAUUACCACCCCCACCGGGUUCUGCUCCCACCACUUCAGACACCUCCUCCUCCAUCACAACAACAACAACAACUGCACAACAAUUUUCAGAGUCUACACUACCGCUGGAAAAGACUCUUGAAACCCAGCCAGAUAUUCAUAAGCAAGCCGACCAUAAUGGCACAGCUGAUGAUGACAGUCUCCCAUCACCAACUGCACAACUUCCAAAAGUUCCUUCAACAUCUUCGUUAUCUUCGCUAUCAUCCUCGGACCCCGAAAACGAUAAUGAUCAUUUUCUUUCCAAAGACAUUGAUAUUGAUGAUCCACCAAAAGACCCGAUUUCAAACAGUCAAGACUUAAUAUCUGAACUUAGCGACCCUAUUGACUCGGAAGCAGAGACAGAGCGACUUGGAGCUGCCGAGCUAGGUGUGCUGGAUAGUGUCCAAAUGAGGCGGAAAGAAUUUUCUAGUGAAACCACGGUUAAUAAUGUUUUGGAGAAAACUAAACCUCUCUUAAAUGGGUCGUUAGGUAUUUCUACUACUAAGAACAAUCUUGAGGAAGAUGAUGACUCUUUAUCUUUUACUCCAUCCAAAAAGCACUGGGACCAACCUCCAAUACAUCCAAGCAAAAGAACUAAAAUUGAUCUUACUGACGACAGUCAUCAAGAUGAACUUCCAUCACAAGCUGAACUCACCAAGGACUGGGAAAAUAUAGGUCCACCAAAAGACGAUAUUCCAGUCUUGGAAAUCCCUGAUAAUAAGGAGCAGCAACAACAGCAGGCUGUGGCAUCAGCUAUAAUUAAGUCUGAGGAUAAUCAUGAUACAGCAGAUGCUAAAAUGGACGCUGACCCUCCCGCUAUUACUAUUACAGAAGCUGCUGUUGCGGAAACAACCGCGACUACUGCUACUACUUCGAAUACCACAACAAAUACUACAGCUCUGGAUGCUAUUAAUACUAACAUAACUACUAUCACAACUACCAGUACUGCCACUAGCAGUUCUACACUUUCUGAAAAUCCAACAAUCGAGACAGAUAAAAAUACUGAGUCAAAAGAUGAAGACUCUUUAAAUACCAACUUGGAGGGCUCCUCCGCCUUUUCCAGUGGGAAAAUAAUGGAAAAAAAGCCAACUCUAAUCAGUGAAACCCCCUUGGAGACUAUUUUUGAAGAAGCUUCCAAAGAACCAGACCCCCAAUCGAUAUUAAAUAAAGAACAGAAUGGAAAACUUAUUUCGAAAGAAACCAAUGAUGCUUCUGAGCCGAAAGUUGAUGAUGCUGAACCUCCUACGGAAAAGCCUACUUCUCCAACCGGUAAUAGUGCUAGCAAUAUCGAGAUUGCCGUACCAAGUCGGAGAAGGCCUUUGACUGACGAAGAGACCUUAGCAGAACAGCAAGCACUACGAAAGGAGGCGUUAACUUGUCUCACCGAAAUUGAGAUAGAGUUUGCAAAGCUGCGAGAUAAGAUGUUUACAAACCAAAUGGCGAGAUACAUGACCGAAAUUGAAAUGUGCGCUGAAGGUACGCACCCCGAUCUAGAGGAUGUUUACAAUAAGAUUCAACGUGAACGGGAUGAGCGCAUUCGGAAUGCCGAGCAGCAGCGCAAGUACCAGCGCAUUUGCAUAGACAUUCAAACACGCGCCGGUCGCGAACAACUGCACCAGCAGUUUCUCAAGGACCAAGGCGAGAUUCGAGCAAAGCUCCUGCUAAAUACGACUGAAGAGUGGUACAGGGUGAACCGCGAGCGACGACUCAUGGAUUCAAUGGUUCCGGAAUAUGGGUUCCGGCCACCACAACAGCCCGAAGUGCAAGAACGCCAAAUGCAGUCAUACCUUAGUGAAGUCAACAUUCUCACCAACAUAAGUCACACGCAUGGCUUCCCUGCUGCACCUGAAAUGAAGCCUAGCACUGAUGAAGAGAUUGAGGAUGAUUUACAGCAAAUGGCUCGGUUCCGCAAUUCUAUUGGGAACAAUGCUGGCAUGGGAACUCCUCAGCAAAAUGGUCAUUACCCACGGCAUGCGCACUAUCAUAUGCCUCACCAUCAUCAUUAUCAUCAUACUUAA